CGGCGGCGGCGGCGGCGGCUUAGGCGGCAGCGCUCGCCAUUGCCGCUGGUGGCAGGAGGCUGCGAGGAGCCGGCGCGGUCGCAGUCUCCACGGCGCAGGCCCACGGUAGCGCAGCCGCUCUGAGGUACCUUCUCACUCAGGGCACUGUGACAGACACAGGGUUGUAAGCUGUAAUGUGGAGACGACUUUCCUCUUUGACAGUAGCUCUUCAUGGAGGAACACGGAGUGAGCCAGACUGAACACAUGGCUACCAUAGAAGCGCAUGCAGUGGCCCAGCAAGUACAGCAGGUCCAUGUGGCCACCUACACUGAACACAGUAUGUUGAGUGCUGAUGAAGACUCUCCUUCAUCUCCUGAAGACACCUCUUAUGAUGAUUCAGACAUACUCAACUCUACAGCAGCUGAUGAGGUAACAGCCCAUCUGGCUGCCGCAGGACCUGUGGGAAUGGCUGCUGCUGCUGCUGUGGCAACAGGAAAGAAACGGAAACGGCCUCAUGUGUUUGAGUCUAAUCCAUCAAUCCGGAAGAGACAGCAAACACGUUUGCUUAGGAAACUUCGAGCCACGUUAGAUGAAUAUACUACUCGAGUGGGACAACAAGCUAUUGUCCUUUGUAUCUCACCCUCCAAACCCAACCCUGUCUUUAAGGUGUUUGGUGCAGCACCUUUGGAGAAUGUGGUGCGUAAGUACAAGAGCAUGAUCCUGGAAGACCUGGAGUCGGCCCUGGCAGAACACGCCCCUGCGCCACAGGAGGUUAACUCAGAGCUGCCGCCUCUCACCAUAGAUGGAAUUCCAGUCUCUGUGGACAAAAUGACCCAGGCCCAGCUUCGGGCAUUUAUUCCAGAGAUGCUGAAAUACUCCACAGGUCGAGGAAAACCAGGCUGGGGUAAAGAAAGCUGCAAGCCCAUCUGGUGGCCUGAAGAUAUCCCAUGGGCAAAUGUUCGGAGCGAUGUCCGCACAGAAGAGCAAAAGCAAAGGGUUUCAUGGACCCAGGCACUACGGACCAUAGUUAAAAACUGUUAUAAACAGCAUGGGCGGGAGGACCUUUUGUAUGCUUUUGAAGAUCAGCAAACACAAACACAAGCCACAACCACACAUAGUAUAGCCCAUCUUGUACCAUCACAGACUGUAGUCCAGACCUUUAGUAACCCCGAUGGCACUGUCUCGCUUAUCCAGGUUGGUACAGGGGCAACAGUAGCCACAUUGGCCGAUGCUUCAGAAUUGCCAACUACAGUCACUGUUGCCCAAGUGAAUUAUUCUGCUGUGGCUGAUGGAGAGGUGGAGCAAAACUGGGCCACAUUACAGGGAGGUGAGAUGACCAUCCAGACAACGCAAGCGUCAGAGGCCACCCAGGCGGUGGCAUCAUUGGCAGAGGCCGCAGUGGCAGCUUCUCAGGAGAUGCAACAGGGAGCUACAGUCACCAUGGCACUCAACAGCGAAGCUGCCGCCCAUGCUGUUGCCACCCUGGCUGAGGCCACCUUGCAAGGCGGGGGACAGAUUGUCCUGUCUGGGGAAACCGCAGCAGCCGUCGGAGCACUUACUGGAGUCCAAGAUGCUAAUGGACUGGUCCAGAUCCCUGUGAGCAUGUACCAGACUGUGGUAACCAGCCUCGCCCAGGGCAAUGGGCCAGUGCAGGUGGCCAUGGCCCCUGUGACCACCAGGAUAUCGGACAGCGCAGUCACCAUGGACGGCCAGGCUGUGGAGGUGGUGACAUUGGAACAGUGACAUGCAGCCAUAUCAUGGCAUCGUUUUCUAGUCUACUUCAAAAUUUUUUACAAUUUUGCAGAGGUGCAAUCAAAUGGAAUUAAGUCUCUCGACUUUGGAAGAAAAGUUUUGUUAACCUUUUUUUUAAAAAGGAAGAAAGGCAGCGGAUUUUGGAAUUGCAUUUUUUAAAGCACCACUCUUGAUUUUCUGGGAUUGGUGGAGUAAGAUACUACGUUAUCGAUUUCACUGUCCCGAAAAAGCCAAAUUGUGGCAGGACUUCUUUCUGCAGAAACAUGUGUGUAUACUUAUGUGUGUGUACGUGUGAGUGUGAAUAUAUGUAUAUGUGUACAUAUGGAUAUACACAUUUACAUAUAUAUAUAAAGUAUAUAUAUAUAUGUGUGUAAAUAUAUAUAUAUAUAUAUGAAACCCGCAUGGAAUUAUCUGUAUGAAAUCAAGGUGAGCUGUGGAAAAAUAAUUCACCCAGUUUAGUGGGUGUAGGGUACGUGGCCAGACACAGCCACCCGGUUCUUGUUCAUACCAGGGUCAUGCGUUGAGCUACUGACAAACUCAGGCGGAGGUGACUAUGCCCUUCACCAAAGCUGCCUCCCAGUGGCCACCCAGAGCUCUCCUGCUGGACUCCCCUGAGGAAGGAGGUUCCAGAACGGGGUGAGGUCCAGAAAUUGUGCUUGCAAGGUCCAGGGGCCCCGCGGUCUGGCAGCUGAGACGCUCCUCGGGCUGGCCCAGGUGCUGACCUUGCCCCACCAAGUGAAUGUCCUUAAAGCUCCCUGGCAGGGACGAGAGGGUUUUCCUCAGCCUCCCAGCCCUUCCCCUUCCCAGGAAACCUUCUUGAUCUCAUGGCUGUUCACACAUGGCUUUGGUUUUAAGGUCAGUCUGAAUGGGUCACGUAUAUGAGCUGAAGGUAACAGAAGUAUUAAGGGUUUGAGGAGUGCGUGUGCGUUCGAUGUGCUUGUGGGUGUGCGCGUGGUGGGGAGAGAGUGGGAGGGGGCGCGGGAGGGGUUGGAAGGGGAAAGGAAGGAGGGAGAGAAAAGUCUUCAAAGACCAGGGUACACCCAUGGGAGCAGUUUCCUCCUUUCCUGUAACUUUCUGUUGUAGCGUAACAGAGGAGACCGGGAGUGGGGGCGUUGGAAGAGAAGAGGGCUGAGGGUGCCUUCUGUGCUCCUGGGUCACGCCCUGUUCCACAAGGGACCCUGCAGUUUUCCCGGGUGCAUCCGGCUGGGCCCAGCCCCACGCAGCUUCCUUCUCACAGGUAUUGAUUGGUCUGGGUGUUCUUGUAACUAAAUUCUGUGACUUCGUAGCUGCAAGCCCUGGGUCUCCAGUGGCUAAAUUCACCUGACUUUUUGACAGGCCAAAUCUCUGCUCCUUGAGUACAGGGACAACUCUUCCUCCCUCCUCCCGGGCCCCCCAGGUGUGAUAGUGUAUUUAAUGUGUUUUUGUUUUUUUUUUAAUGCGACAUUAAAAGAUUCUUCAUGUCUUGCUCAGCCUUUGAGAAAAGUUUCAGAUUCUUGUAUUUGCUUGUUUUAUAUAAAACUAUCCAAUGUUCUUUGUAUGGUUUUUUUUUUUUUUUCUGUACGUAAUGGGGGGGCGGGAAGGGAAAUUUACAUAAAACAGUCCUAGUUCUACAAUUUGUUAUUUUUUUAAUUAUUUUUUUUAUCGUCAUUGUGAAGCUGUCCAGGGGCUUUAAAGUCCACGUUGCUUUGUGUUGAAAUAACCUCCUAAUAGUUUGAGAAAUUGCCAAGAAGAAGAAGAAAAGCAAAACCCCAGUAGCAGAGCAUGGAUUCUGUGUCGUUCUCCAUUCUGUCUUUACUGCCUCAUUCAAUAAAUAGUUAACAAUGUGGCAACAGGAA